AGCACCGACUCGCCCAUGCCCGGCUCCGAGGACGACCUGGUCGCCGGCGCGUCCCUGCACAGCCCCGAGUGGAGCGAGGAGCGCUUCCGCGUGGACAGGAAGAAACUUGAGGCCAUGUUACAAGCUGCUGCUGAAGGAAAAGGCAAAAGUGGGGAAGACUUUUUUCAAAAGAUUAUGGAGGAAACAAACACACAGAUUGCUUGGCCAUCAAAACUGAAGAUUGGUGCCAAAUCUAAGAAAGAUCCCCAUAUUAAGGUUUCUGGAAAGAAGGAAGAUGUUAAAGAAGCCAAGGAAAUGAUCAUGUCUGUCUUAGACACAAAAAGCAACCGGGUCACACUGAAGAUGGAUGUUUCACAUACAGAACACUCUCAUGUAAUCGGCAAGGGUGGCAACAAUAUUAAAAAAGUAAUGGAAGAAACAGGAUGCCACAUCCACUUUCCAGAUUCUAACAGGAAUAACCAAGCGGAGAAAAGCAACCAGGUAUCCAUAGCAGGACAACCAUCAGGAGUAGAAUCUGCUCGAGUUAGAAUUCGGGAGCUGCUUCCUUUGGUGCUGAUGUUUGAGCUGCCCAUUGCGGGAAUCCUCCAGCCAGUCCCCGACCCCAACGCGCCCUCGAUCCAGCACCUCUCUCAGACGCACAACAUCUCCGUGACUUUCAAACAGCGCUCCCGGAUGUAUGGUGCUACUGUCAUCGUGCGAGGCUCGCAGAACAACACCAGCGCUGUGAAGGAAGGGGCUGCCAUGCUGUUAGAACAUCUAGCGGGGAGCCUGGCGUCAGCUAUUCCUGUGAGCACACAACUAGACAUUGCGGCUCAGCAUCACCUCUUUAUGAUGGGUCGAAAUGGUAGCAACAUCAAACAUAUCAUGCAGAGAACAGGUGCUCAGAUCCACUUCCCUGAUCCCAGUAAUCCACAGAAGAAAUCUACUAUCUACCUCCAGGGCACCAUUGAGUCUGUCUGUCUGGCAAGGCAAUAUCUCAUGGGUUGUCUUCCUCUUGUGUUGAUGUUUGAUAUGAAGGAAGAAAUUGAAGUAGAUCCACAAUUCAUUGCUCAAUUGAUGGAACAGCUUGAUGUCUUCAUCAGUAUUAAACCAAAGCCAAAACAACCAAGCAAGUCUGUGAUUGUGAAAAGUGUGGAGCGAAAUGCCUUAAAUAUGUAUGAAGCAAGGAAAUGUCUCCUCGGACUUGAAAGCAGUGGGGUUACCAUGGCAACCGGCCCAUCCCCAGCGUCAUGCCCUGCCGGCCUGGCAUGUCCCAGCUUGGAUAUUUUAGCUUCAGCAGGCCUUGGACUCACUGGACUAGGUCUUUUGGGGCCCACCUCCUUAUCUCUAAAUACGUCUGCAACACCAAAUUCACUGUUGAAUGCUCUCAAUAGCUCAGUCAGUCCUUUGCAAAGUCCAAGUUCUGGUGCCCCCAGCCCCACGUUAUGGGCGCCACCACUUGCUAAUACUUCAAGUGCAACAGGUUUUUCUGCUAUCCCACACCUCAUGAUUCCAUCCACCGCUCAUGCCACACUAACCAAUAUUUUGCUAUCUGGAGUGCCUGCCUAUGGCCACACCGCUCCAUCUCCCCCUCCUGGCUUGACUCCUGUUGAUGUUCACAUCAGCAGUUUGCAAACAGAAGGCCCAAAAAUACCUGCUUUAAAUGGACAUGCACAGUCUACAAGCAUAAAAUAUGGCGCCAUAUCCACUUCACCGCUGGGAGAAAAGGUGUUGAAUGCAAAUCACAGUGAUCCAUCCAGACAAACAACUGGGUCUGAGCAAGCAGCUCCCAAAUCAAGCCCCCAAGAAGGUUGUAAUGAUGCUUUUGUGGAAGUAGGCAUGCCUCGAAGCCCUUCCCAUUCUGCCAAUGCUGGUGACUUGAAACAAAUGAUGGGGCCUUCCAAAGUUUCCUGCACCAAGAGACAGACAGUGGAAUUAUUGCAAGGCACAAAAAACUCACACUUACAUAGCACUGACCGGUUGCUCUCAGACUCAGAACUGAGCGCUUCGGAAAGCCCUUUGACUGACAAGAAGGCUCCCGGGAGUGAGCGUGCGGCAGAGAGGGCAGCAGCUGCCCAGCACAACUCCGAAAGAGCCCGCCUUGCCCCUCGACCAUCAUAUGUCAACAUGCAGGCAUUUGACUAUGAACAAAAGAAGCUAUUAGCAACAAAAGCGAUGUUGAAGAAACCAGUGGUGACUGAGGUCAGAACACCCACAAAUACCUGGAGUGGCCUGGGAUUUUCUAAAUCGAUGCCAGCAGAGACUAUCAAGGAGCUGCGGCGGGCCAAUCACGUUCCCUAUAAACCCACAAUGACAACCACGUAUGAGGGCUCUUCAAUGUCGCUUUCUCGGUCCAGCAGUCGCGAGCACUUGGGAAAUGGAAGUGAAUCUGAUAACUGGAGAGAACGAAAUGGAAUAGGACCCACAAGCCAUAGUGAAUUUGCAGCUUCUAUUGGCAGCCCCAAGCGUAAGCAGAACAAAUCAACGGAACACUAUCUCAGCAGUAGCAAUUACAUGGACUGCAUCUCCUCACUGACAGGAAGCAAUGGCUGUAACCUGAACAGCUCUUUUAAAGGCUCUGACCUCCCUGAGCUCUUCAGCAAACUGGGCCUGGGAAAAUACACAGACGUCUUUCAACAGCAAGAGAUUGAUCUUCAGACAUUCCUCACUCUCACGGAUCAAGACCUGAAGGAAUUGGGAAUUACGACUUUUGGUGCCAGGAGGAAAAUGCUGCUUGCCAUCUCAGAACUCAACAAAAACCGAAGAAAGCUUUUCGAACCGCCAAAUGCACGCGCUGCUUUCCUGGAAGGCGGAGCGAGCGGGAGGCUGCCCCGUCAGUUCCACUCCGACAUGGCGAGUGUCAGUGGCCGCUGGUAGCAGUACACACGGGUCACACGCCCGCCAAGCGACGACCGCACAGUUGGACACCGGAGACCUGCGAUCAGACUUCACUGCACGCCGCCUCAGCACUCGGGGUGUCUGGUGUCAGGACCAAAGCAUCGUAUUCACACCUGCACCUUGUGCCAAAAAGCGGGGAAAGAGAGAAGAUGUCCCCUAUCAUUGUACAGAACACCAAAUGUCGCUUACUGUUUCUGAAACGGCAAACGGACAGAAUUUGUAAUAGAAUGAUAGUGCUUUUUCUUCUUUAUUUUUAUUUACCUAUAUAACAUAUGCACUGAUUUUUUUUUCUUAAAAUGAAGGAUAAUUUGGGAUGCCAGAAAGCACAGAAGUUCUUUUUUGUUUGUUUGUUUUGAUUUGGUAUUUUUAUUUUUUUGUUUUUGUUUCUUUGUUUUAAAUAAUCAAAGAGUUUUCUGGUACGGCUUUAAACUAAUGAUUGCGGUCUUUCAGCACUUUACUUGUUCUGAUUUCUUGUCCUGUGGAAAUUGUCUCUCUCUCUCAUUUUUACAUCACCUGUUGUAUUGGUACAAAUCAAAUGUAGUUGCCUUUUUUCUAACUGCACCAAAUAUGUAUUUGAAAUGGUACUGGACAUCCAUUUCUGGGUAGACCAUGACUUUGGGAAACAUUAAGUGACUUCCAUGUGGUUGUGGACCAACUCUGUUCAUUUAUGUCGUCACCCUACAGAAACACCUUGCUAUGAACUGAAUUUCCUGUAAACAGGUGCGAAGGAAGACCCAGUGGACUUUGCAAUAUUAACCCUUUGCCGUCAUCAUAUGUAGCUGCUGCCUGUAUUGCUAAGAAAAAGAUUUUAAUGGUUGUCUAAAAGCAAAGGGCUAUUUUUAGUAUACUGCCACUAAAGGACAUUUAUUUAUAUCAAACUUUUAUUUUUAGAUACUAUACGCAUACAUUACAUAACUGAUUAAAUUGAUAUCUACUAGAGAUUUAUGGUAAAGAAUGGACGGCAUUCAAUUACUGGAGCCCCAGAUUGUCACUUUAUUUAAAAAGACAAAUAAUCAUUUGACAAGACAGCACUGCUGCCAUUAUGAGGAGAAGUCGAUUACAGUCCUUAGCAUGUGCACAUUAAUUGUGCUCCGUGUGAUUCCGGGACUUUCUGAAAACCACACGUGUCUGCUUCAGGUAGACUUGUAUCUGUCAAAAACGGAAAGGCUUUAUGGACAUCUCUAGAGUGACAGCUUGUCAUGAUGUUAUAAGGUUUUGACGGGGGCUGGGGGAAGACUGUUUUCUAAGAGAGUAAGUAGACUCAUUGGUUCAAUCUUAUACUGUGAAAUUCCAAGAAACUGGGCAAUGAUGUUUCCUGAGUCUUUUAAGACAUCUUAUGAUGGAUUUGUGAAGGGUUUUCAAUCCAUGAAGAAAAUCACCAAGUGCCUCUUUUUAUCAAAGCAAUAUUAUUCCCCAGUAAGUUAAUUUUGUUAGGAAACUUUCCCAUAGGAGAUGUUGUGAAUUACCUGUACUGUAAUGUCUUAUUUAUGUUCAGUAUUCGAGACUGUCUACCUGGACAUAAACCACUCUUGUAUGCUCUCAGCAUAUACAACCGUUGGGGAUUUCUAUGCCAGUGUGUAAUCAGAAAUUCUUGCCUGGCAUGUUUCCAAGGAUAAAUUUUACCAUUAAGGCAACAAUAAGAAUUGAAAAGGUAUUUUGCACACAGAUGAAAAUAGGUUUGGUUCUAUUAAAGGCAUAGUCGGUGGGACUGUCAUAAAAUUAUCAAUCAGAAGUUUCCCAAUCCUAAAUUGAAUUGUAUCUGCUUUUACGGUGGAACCAAAUCUCUCCCUUUGCAAGCACGAUGAAAUAAACUGUUGCAUUUGCAUGAUCACGUGGAGCUCCCUGCCUUAUGGCGAUUGUACGAACCCGUCCAUCACACGGGGAGAAGUCACAUGGGGAGAAUUCUGCGUGCGUUGGCUGCCUGGUCAACAUUUUGAAGUUCUUCUUCUAGCUCUCUACCCUGCAUGUACAGUGGGAGGGAAAAGGAAAAAAUAGGAAGGAUUGAAUUGAGAUAAGUAUGCACAGUGCUUUGAGACAAUCUAUGCCAAAGAGAAAGUUGUCCCGAUUAAUCUCAAUUACAAUAGAAUGACUAAAAAGAAGCAAAACACACUGGAACUUGCUUUUUUCACUUUCUCUUGAUGCAAUGAAGGGAAUAUGAAACUAUAGUGUAUGGUGUCAGUGCUAUACGAUGCACAAAAUAUUCGGAUUAUUUGAGUAAAUGGUAGAUUUUAAUCAAUCUGUGCCUUAAUAGUGACCGGUUAUCUGUAAAUAGAGAACAGAUACAGAUUGUAUUUUUUUGUGUGGGUUUUUGUCCUGUUAGUGAUUUUUCUUGCUGUUUUUUAAUGAGAGAUGGAACCGAAACAUUGAAAAUGGGAAUUUUUUCUAAUCAAUUGUUACAUAAAGAAAUAAAUUUAUAUAACCCCUUUGUAUUGCC